AUAUUUCUGCUUAUUCCUACAAUUGGACAGAUGUUAUUCAGACAUCCGGCAAACACUAUGACAAGUACAGCAUUGGCCAAUAAAAAUAAACAAUCAACCGUUAUCACUAAAGUAAGGAAAAUCUGUACCUUAAUUAACCUCUUUUAUUCUAACUUCUUUCGAUAUUACUCUCACGUCUAUUUUUAAAAAAUACAUUGUAAUAAUAAUAAUAAUAUCCAGUCAACUGGAAAGUCUGUACUUUCACUCUGCCUGAAACUUCAGAAGAGAAUUCAAUUCCCUCUCACAAAUACGAACUCGUCGAUCGAAAUUUCUUUUAUCGCUGCUGUAUUUCCGUGAGAUUCUCUCUUCCCAUAAUACGUGGCGGCUUGUCUACCCUUAAUUGCUUCCACGAAGAUGGAUUACAAUCGCAUUGACAGUAUUUCAAAGUCACAACAUCCUAACAAUCAUACAGGAUCGAUACAGUAUGGAACUGCUGGUUUCAGAACAAGUGCAGACGUCCUCGAUCAUGUUUUAUACCGCAUGGGUAUCCUGACGGUACUGCGAUCCAAACAGAAAAAUGCAGCAAUUGGUUUGAUGAUCACUGCGAGCCACAACGAAGAGCCUGAUAAUGGUGUUAAGCUCGUUGAUCCCGCUGGCGAGAUGUUGGAAUCCUCUUGGGAGGAGAUAGCCACUCAUCUCGCAAAUGUUCCGGAUUCAGAGCUAAUCAUUACCCUGAAGAAAAUUGUCAAAGAACAGCACAUCAAUGAAGAUGCUCCUGCCAGUGUAAUCAUAGGUAGAGAUACCAGAGAAAGUGGUUGGGGUCUGUCGAGAUCAGCCAUUGAUGGUGUUAAUGCAGCUGAUGGCUCUAUACAGGACUUUGGCGUCAUUACGACCCCGCAAUUGCAUUAUUUGAUUGUCUGCAGCAAUACUAAUGGAGCUUAUGGGGAGAGCAGUGUUGAUGGCUACUUUUCUAAGCUUGGGGAGGCAUUUUUGAAAGUCAAAGAGUCGAAGAGCAAAGAGCUUUAUCAGGGGGAAAUUUAUCUGGAUGCUGCCAAUGGAGUUGGGGGAAUUGCUGUCAAGGAGUUUCAGAAAAUUUUGGAGGGCAAUUUGACGAUUAGGGUUUUUAAUGAUGGAAAUGGAACAUUGAAUUACAAAUGUGGAGCUGAUUACGUUAAAGUACAACAACGGGCACCCCUCAAUAGUCCAGUGAAACCCUUCACGAGAUCCGUGAGUAUCGAUGGAGAUGCCGACAGAGUGGUUUACUAUUACAUGGACGAGGGCGAAAAAUUUCACCUGCUGGAUGGCGACAGAAUAGCCACACUGGUCGCCAGUUACCUCAAGGAACUCGUUGAGGACAGUGGCUUGAAUAUUUGCCUUGGCCUAGUGCAAACAGCGUAUGCUAAUGGAGCUUCAACCAAUUACAUUUCUGAACUACUGAAAAUUCCAGUUGUUUGUACCGACACUGGAGUUAAACACUUGCAUCAUAAGGCUUUGGAGUUCGAUAUAGGAGUGUAUUUUGAGGCCAAUGGACAUGGCACUGUAGUUGUCAAGCCAAGUACCCUUGAAGCUAUAACAGCCGCCUCUCAGACGACUGUUCUUCCAGAGAAAUGUCAAACAGCGGCUUUGAAACUUAAAAAUCUCAUUGACGUAGUUAACCAAACUGUUGGUGAUGCACUCAGUGAUAUGCUCGUGGUCGAGGCAAUCCUCUACGCCAGAGGCUGGGACAUAACAACGUGGGAGAAGAGCUAUACCGAUUUGCCCAAUCGACAACUCAAAGUUAAAGUACAGGAUAGAAAUGUUGUUGAAACUACUGAUGCAGCAAGAACAUGUACCUCACCGCCAGGACUACAGGAUAAGAUCAAUGAAUUGGUGGCUCGUUAUCACAAAGGGCGUUCAUUCGUUCGUGCAUCGGGUACAGAGGAUGUUGUGAGAGUGUAUGCGGAAUGCGAUAGUUCCACGGAGGUGGAGAAACUCGCUGCUGAAGUCGCAUUAGCAGUGUACAGCCUAGCAGGCGGUGUUGGACCAGAGCCCGUUGUUCCUGUUUAGUUAUUAGUCAAGAUAAUGAACGUGAUGAAGUGAUAAUUUGGUGGUACGAGAAGUGAACAGUAGUGAAGUCCUGGAUUUUAUAAUAAAAUCACUUGCAAAUUGCAUCAAUUCAUUUUUUUUCAUUGACUGGCCUAAUUGACUGAUAUAAAAUGCACUUUUUAUCAACUAUCUGUACUGUAAACAACUUCAUGUAUUGAUAUUCAGAAUAUUUUUAUAAGGAAUGAAAUAAAAUGAGUGAAAACAA